AUGGCUGACGAAACACGGGUUGAGAAGCAAGGUGAGGAACCCACCGUCACUCAGCAAUUUGACGUGGAACCCGAAAACCUUAGAGAUGCCAUCCGCAUUGUCGUUCGCAAGUCACUGGAAGUAAACGGUCUGGUGCGAGGCCUCUCUGAAGUUGCUCGCGCUCUGGACCGCCGUACUGCUCACAUGUGUCUUCUUGCCGCGGACUGCGAAGACGAGGAGUACAAGAAGCUCAUCAAGGCGCUCGCCAGUCAGGCCAACAUCGAUUUUGUCGAGGUGGAGUCACGUGAGGAACUUGCAGAGUGGGCCGGUCUUCAGAAGCAGAAAAGCGACGGCAGCGUAAAGACCUUUAAGUGCUCGUGUGUGGCAAUACGUGACUUUGGAGAGCGCACCAGGGCUCUCAACAUGCUGUUGGGUCAGCUAGCGGGAUAA